UUAUGCAGAGAAAACGUGCCUAAUCAGAAACAGGACCACUGGUAGUUGAGGAAGACGGGGAAGAAGCAAUCCCUAGAUUUCGUCCGAUUCUCGCGCCAUGGCAUCGGAAUCGAGCUCUUCUCCUUCUUCCUCUGUCACCGAAUUAGCCGAUCCGAACACUAGUCCCGAUCGCAGAGCGAAUUUGGAGAGUGUCGGCGAUCAAUUGGCCUCGAUGGGAUUGGCGGAGCCAAGCGAAAUCUCCGAUGGCAGUCACACCGAAGACGGAGGUCGCUCCCCGGAGGAAGAGGAUGACGACACGGAGAUCGCGUCGGCCAACGGAGACGGAGAGAGAAUCGGUGUGGCAGAGGAAUUGGAGGGAGCGGUGUGGUUGACGGCGGAGCGUACGGUGGAAAUGGAGGUUGUGGAGGAGCCGGAGAGCCCCACCAGCAGCGGCUACGUUGGGGAGAGAGGGAGCAGCGAUGAGGGUACCACCUCCACUUCUAGAGCCGUUGACGACGAUGCGAACGACGAUGAGAUUCAAGAAGGCAAGGUGGACGGCGAGGGGAGAGCUCCGUGGCUGCCCGGGAAACGUCAUGUCGACGAGGAUGAUGCUUCUGUAUCAUGGAGAAAGAGGAAGAAGCAUUUCUUCAUAUUGAGCCACUCUGGCAAACCUAUAUAUUCCAGAUAUGGAGACGAACAUAAGCUUGCUGGAUUCUCAGCUACUCUCCAAGCUAUUAUCUCCUUUGUGGAGAAUGGCGGUGACCGUGUCAAUUUAGUAAAAGCUGGAAAGCACCAGGUGGUAUUUCUUGUAAAGGGACCAAUCUACCUAGUCUGCAUCAGCUGUACAGAUGAAACAUAUGAAUCUUUGAGGGGACAAUUAGAUCUUUUAUAUGGUCAGAUGAUACUUAUUUUAACAAAGUCGAUAAAUAGGUGUUUCGAGAAGAACCCAAAGUUUGACAUGACACUUUUGCUUGGAGGAACAGAUGUUGUCUUCUCUUCUCUUAUUCAUUCAUUUAACUGGAACCCUGCAGCCUUCCUUCAUGCAUACACUUGUCUUCCCCUUUCAUAUGCGACAAGGCAGGUUUCAGGGGCCAUAUUGCAAGAUGUUUGUGGCUCCAAUGUUUUGUUUGCUCUUCUAAUGUGCGGACACAAGGUUAUCAGUCUUGUUGGCGCGCAAAAAGCUUCUAUCCAUCCUGAUGACCUACUGUUACUUUCAAAUUUCAUCAUGUCAUCUGAAUCCUUCAGGACGUCUGAAUCUUUCUCACCAAUCUGUCUGCCAAGAUAUAAUCCUCUGGCAUUUUUGCAUGCCUACGUCCACUUCUUUGAUGAUGAUACCUACGUCACGCUGCUUACAACACGUUCUGAUGCCUUUUAUCAUCUCAAAGAUUGCAGGAUUCUGAUUGAAGAUGUUCUUCUCAAGUCAAAUGUUCUUAGUGAGGUUCAAAGGUCAAUCAUGGAAGGUGGAAUGCGUGUAGAAGAUUUGCCCGUAGAACGGCGGCUUCGGCAUAGACCAUCAUCUACCUCUCAGCAAGGACAAGGUAUAAACCCACACGAUGCUCAUGCUCCCGAGAGAUUCAGGGAAGCUACUGUUGGGACUGGGGGUCCGGCUGGACUUUGGCAUUUCAUUUACCGCAGUUUCUACUUAGAUCAAUAUGUAUCUUCAGAAUUCUCACCACCAAUAACCAGUCACAGACAGCAAAAGAGUUUAUAUCGAGCGUACCAGAAACUUUAUGCUUCUAUGCAUGAGAAAGGACUGGGACCCCACAAGACUCAUUAUAGAAGAGAUGAAAACUACGCUCUUCUAUGUUGGGUCACACCGGACUUUGAGCUUUAUGCUGCAUUUGAUCCACUUGUGGACAAGGCGUUGGCGAUAAAGAUAUGCAACAGGGUGUGCCAGUGGGUAAAGGAUGUGGAGAAAGAGAUUUUCUUGCAGGGAGCAAGCCCCUUCUCCUGGUGAAUAAGUACUCCUCUCACAUCCAAUUUUUUGGAUAUAUAUAUAUAUAUAUUCAAAAUUUUCGAUUUUGGGGUUUGGGUUUUUUGGUGGGGGAAGAAGUAGAAGGGGUCAAGAAAAGAGUGUAAUGUUUUGAGGCCUCGAUUGGAUUUUGAAGCCUAUCCUCCUCAUGUGCUGAGAAGGCAAUAGCUGAGCCCCCACUCUUUUUUAUUAUUAAGAGUUUUAGAUGUGCACUCUUUAUUAAAAAAAAAUGUUCAAACUAAAGUAAGAACUCCCCCAACCUACGGGAACUGAAUAUUAUAAGAUUCCUUUAGAGCUU